GAGCUCGCAUCCUAAAGUGGAUGGCAUCAUGUGGAGACGCCUUGCGGAGACAGUCCAACUGGACACCGCUGUUCCCUUCCCAGUCCUCUCUGUCUGGCUAUGUCUUGCUUGGCCCCUUCCGGCUCUCCUUUUCUGGCUGGCUGAACACUAUGCCCGGCGACGGAGAGUGACCGCAGAGGGUUCCGAAGGAACGAUGGACGGAACUGCGGACCUCGCAUUACUUAGCCCGGUGUCGAGGACCGAGAGGGAAUUCACUCCUUUCCAUCCUGGACGUUUUCGAGUGAUGUUGGCGUCCUUGGAACAUUCCAUUCCACAUCUGGGUUGCAAGGCGCAGGCUGGUGGCCUAGGGAAGGUCAUGAACCUGGUCGCCCGUCAUCACCCCACAGACAUUUUGAUGGUACAUCCCAAGAUGAAAGGCUUGACAUACCGUCACGACUUUGAGCUUCCACCCCUGAGAAUCACCAUCGACGGGCGAGAGCAGCUGGUGAGGGUCUUUCACGUCAAACCUGCGCCCGAUGAGAGUCCCACCGCCAGCAAACGAGGAUUUCUGUUGCUAGGGCACCCGUGGUUUGAGGAGCGGGGGAAGGAAAACAUCUAUCCCAACCCGAUGUCCAAAAGGAAGGUCCUUUGCUUUUUCUCUCUCUGGAAUCAGUGUGUGGGCCAUCUGCUGCACCGCUACAAACCGCAUAUUUAUCACUGCCCGGAUUUUCACACCUGUAUUGCGCCGUGGUAUGCUCUCCAAAAUCAAGAUCCAACGGAAGCAGUGGAUCUACGCAUGCUGCUGGUCUUGCACAACGCGGAGUACCAAGGGACGGUUUCAACCGAUAUGGUGGGCUCGAGAGAGAGCGAAAUGCUGGCGCGAAUUUUCAAUGUUUCCCAGGAUUUUGUAUAUCAACAUCUCACAGCGGAAGGUCGUUUCAACAUGCUAAAGGCUGGAGUUGACUUCUUGCUGACAUAUCAGGAGGGUCAAGGUGCCUGUGCUGUUUCACAAUACUAUGCCCAUGAAUGCCAUGCCAGGUAUAGCGUAUUUUGGCAACUGCCAACCAUCAGGGGAUGUGACAACCCAAUGCUGGAGGAUGAACGAGAGGAGCUGCUCAAAGACUUAAGCAGCAAGAAGUCUGAGGCCAAGCGUGAUGUACAGAAAGAAUUUGGCUUCAACGUGGAUCCCAACGCACGUCUCUUUGUCUCCUUGGGACGCCUGGUAAGACAGAAAGGUGUGGAUAUCCUUGCUGAUGUGGCAGAGUGGUUACUGAGCACAUAUCCAGAGGCACAACUCUUGGUGAUUGGGCCGCCUGCAGAUGGUUUUGGCUAUUAUGCACAGAGAAGAUUGGAAGCACUGGCUGACUUGGAGCGUUUCCAAGGCCGGCUGGUGGCCAAAUGUCAGUUCAUCGAAGCAAAACCUUCUUUGAAAUGGGGGGCUGACUUUUGUUUGAUGCCAUCCCGCGAUGAGCCCUUUGGAUAUGUGGACAUUGAGUUUGCCUGGCGAGGGGCUGUGAUCGUCGGAGCACAAUCAGGAGGUUUGGGCAAAGUUCCCGGCUUUUACUACGUGCAGCAGAACCGCGAGAAUCUGAACCGCCUCCGGCGGGAGCUCCGGACCGCGGUGAACAACGCCAUGCAGGCGACCCCACAGACCUUGGCGGAGAUGUCACGGAGAGCCAUGGAGAGUAGCUUUCCAUUGGUGGAAUGGCAGGAGAGCUUGAUGGAGAACUACGAACGCGUGCAGGUCCCGGGCUGUGACAGCGAUGUGGAGCUGAGCCAUGUGGCUUCCAGCAGCGAGAUCUGGUUUCCAGAUGAGGUGUCUGCGGUGCCCGCUCCGAAGGAGCCUGAGGUGACAGACCCCCAGGGCUGGUUGCCGCAGGAUGAAGAUGAAUUCUUUUGGCAGGAACUUACAGAGGAGGAGAUCUCACAGAGGGUAACAGCUCAACUGGAUGCGAGUCAAAGUGCCAGUGAAAUCCCAAGCAUCGAGACAAUUCUUCAGACGAUAGGCACUGAACGAUCCAAAGAGCGUGAAAGCGGAGCGGUUGCGAAGUGGCUCAUUGAGCCAUGGUACGGAACGGCAAAGGUGCAUUGGCUGGUGUCUUGUGCCUACAUCGCAUGCCCUUUGUCUUCGCUUUUAGUCUUGGUGGUGGCCAUGGAAUCUAGGCUUUGUUGA